AUGGACGAAAAGACACAGAAGCUCAGCCUGAAGCGGGAACUAGGUCUGGUGGGAGCCGUGUCCCUCAUCGGAGGGACCAUGAUUGGGUCUGGGAUCUUCAUGUCCCCGCAGACGGUCCUCUCUACCAUCGGCAGCCCCGGAGCCAGCCUGGUGGUGUGGGCCUGCUGCGGUUUACUAGUGAUAAUGGCCUCUUUCUGCUACGCUGAGCUGGGCACUGUCAUAAGAGAAUCGGGGGGAGAGUACAUCUACAUCCUCAGGACUUCGGGUCCAGUCGUCGCCUUCAUGUUAAUCUUCAGCUCUGUGUUGUUUGUGCGACCCGCUGGUGUUGCUGGCAUAGCGUUGAGUUUCGCUCAGUAUGUUGUGGCUCCUUUCUACAUCGACUGCCCCCCUCCAGUGCUGCUGGUGAAGUGCGUGGCUGCAGCUGCGAUUAUAACGCUGGCCGUUGUCAACUGCCUUAAUGUGCGGUUUUCAAUGUCAGUCCAAGUGUUUUUUAUGGUGGCCAAGGUUCUGGCCCUGGCUGUCAUUAUAAUAGGAGGGGUGGUGAUGCUUAUCAAAGGUCACACUGAAAACUUUGAAGACUCUUUUGACAACACAAAUCUGGGCAUCAACCCAAUUGGCAUUGCUUUCUACCAGGGCCUGUGGUCCUAUGACGGCUGGAACAAUCUCAAUUAUGUGACUGAAGAGUUGAAACGUCCAGAGGUCAAUCUCCCUCGGGCAGUGGUGAUCGCCAUUUCUCUGGUGACCGGCUUGUACUUGCUGGUGAACGUGAGCUACCUGACAGUGAUGACCCCCAAAGAGCUCAUGUCUUCCAGCGCAGUGGCAGUUACCUGGGGGAAUAAGGUGUUAGGGAGCUGGGGGUGGAUCAUGUCUGUGGCUGCAGCAUUGUCAGCUUUUGGUUCCCUGAACGGGACCUUCUUCAGUGGAGGCCGUGUGUGCUUUGUUGCUGCCAGGGAAGGGCACAUGCCAGAUAUUCUGUCCAUGGCUCACGUCCGCAGACUGACUCCAUCGCCAGCGCUGAUCUUCACCACCAUUGUGUCUCUGGUGGUGCUGAUCCCUGGAGACUUCCAGAGUAUCGUCAACUUCUUCAGUUUCACCGCCUGGUUUUUCUACGCCAUCACCCUGUCUGGACUCCUCUAUCUGAAGAUCAAGAAGCCAGAACUCCCCAGGCCAUACAGGGUUCCCAUUAUACUCCCCAUCCUGGUCCUCAUUGCAGCAAUAUUCCUCGUGCUGGCACCGAUCAUAGACAAUCCUCAGAUUGAAUACCUCUAUGUGACUUUAUUUAUCUUCAGUGGAAUCAUAAUCUACAUACCCUUCAUCCAUUACAAGCUCUGCCCCAGCCUUUUGACCAAGUUAACAGUGUUCCUGCAGCUCUUCCUAGAGGUCGCCCCGGCAGAGAAAAACCUGUGAUUUCCACUUCUUAUGCAUCUGUUUUUUUUUUUUUUUAACUAUACCUGUUUUUGUUAUGACACUCAAACAUUGCAGGUUACAUUCCUCAUACAAUAACAUAACGACAGUAUUACCUCCCAUUUCUCUCUUCUGCUUUAACUUUGAUAAACUAGUGCUGGUAAACGCAAGAUGCUUGUAAAAAUUUUCUCCAAAAAGCAUUAAUAAUUUUCUUUGAAUUUCCUGGUAUGUGUUGCCUUUUUGCACAAGUGCACUCAGUAUUUA